UUUCACGGGGGUUGAUCAAAAAGUUUCCUUUUGCUUUCCAAAGUUGCUGUCUGAGCGGAGGCAUCGGGAAGAGGAGGCCGGUGGCUGUAACGUUCCUCGGGCAAGCUGCUUCAAUGCAAUGAGAAGGCUUCUCUGCCCGGGGACACACAGCCCAGAGCAGGCGCCUGAGAAGCUGCUUUCCUCCCUCUCUCUCCCAACUCCUCCUGGAGUUGAUCAGCUCUCCCUUCUGGCAUGCGUCUCAUCCCUCAGGAUACGAUGUCACAGUAUUCUACUAACUUUCUCUUGCUUCCCAUACCAGAGUACCCGGUGCUAGACUGCGUGCCCAACAAAAUCAUCAAGCUCGUGGUGCUGGGUGGCAGCAGCGUGGGCAAGACAGCCCUGGUUGUGCGCUUUCUCACUAAGAGAUUUAUUGGAGACUACGAAGCCAAUACUGGUGCUUUGUAUUCAAGAAAGUUCACCAUAGAUGGAGAACAGAUCUCCCUACAGGUGCAGGACACUCCCUUUGUUUCACUGGAGGAUGACACUGACAGCAUAUGUUGCCAAGAGCAGAUAAACCGUUCAAUCUACUGGGCAGAUGGCUUCGUUUUUGUUUACUCCAUCACAGAAUAUGAGAGCUACCGAGUCAUCCGGCCCCUAUACCAGCACAUCCGCAAGAUUCACCCAAACGCUAACAUCCCCCUGCUUCUGAUGGCAAACAAAGGAGACCUCCUGCGAGCCAGGCAGGUGUCCUCCAAAGAAGGACUCCAGCUGGCAAGUGAACUGGGAGGUACUUACUACGAAGUCUCAGCUCGGGAGAACUGUGAGGGAGUGCAUGAAGCCUUCCAGCAGCUCUGCCAGGAGGUCAGCAGGAUGAUCGGGAGCUGCAACGGAGAGAAACGAAGAGGCCUCCACCUUGUCCGACCCAAGUCUCCAAACAUGCAGGACUUAAAGAGACGUUUGAAACAGGCUCUGACUUCCAAAGGGAAAUCUGCCACUACGCUUUGAUGUAGCUGACAGAAAUUGGUUUCUACAUCACUGAAAAAAAAGGCAAGAAAAUAAGCUGGUAUUAAGGGGCAUCAGCAAUCAGACUGUGUGGAAGGUUCUUUCAUAUUGUCUACACAUCUUCCUUAAAAGUCCCAUAUCCAUUCAGCAAAGGAACUUACAGAAUGAGCUUUUUGGGGCAAGAAUUUAGAAACUGUGAUUUAAAGAAUAGACUGUCGCAAAUUAUUUCUGUUUCAAAAUGGACACAGUCAUACAGUUUAGGCUUAAAAUGUAGAUUUUAUUAAUAAAAUAAUUAAAUUCUACUAUUAAGAGAAGUGGCUUCUCUUGAGAGUGGUUAUGUUCGUAAGCAUAGGCAAUAAGCUACAGAAGGACACCAGGAGAGCAACAGGAGCUAUAAUGAGCAAGCAAAACUUAACAGAUUUGCUUAGUCAUGAGACUGGAAAAUAAAGGCAAAAAGUAAAUGACAAGCAUAAAUAGUGAUAAGUAAUAACUUUUUUUAAAGGUAAUAAUUCAGAAACUGCAGUUUAGAAAGUGUUCUUAGGAACCUGGAGAGUGUGCUGCAAGCUUAUACAGUGUCUCAUUAAAGGGAGAUUCCAAAAAUGUAAUUUUUUCAGAUUAUUUUUCUUUAAACACUUGUUAUUUAUGAAAGUGAUUAUAUGAGCAAAAUACUUACUUUUAGCAGCAUUUUGUAGUCAGUUUUUUGAUGGUCUACUUGUCAUUUUUGUGUAGGCUUGCUACAUGGCAAUGAGGGACAAAUAGAGCAGUGCAGCUGUAAAACCUGCUCAAAAAAAAACAAAAAACAAACAAACAAACAAAACCUGUAUUAAUCAAGACCAAGGACAGAACCUAAAACUGUUUAACUUUUUUUUUUUUUUCCCCCCAAACUAGUUAGAUUUCAAGCUCAAAGAUACUGCUUUAAAGAAACAAGGUCAUCACACAAAGUAUAACUGAUUCAAUUUUUUUUUUAUUUUUUUUAAAGAAUAAAUGCUUUUAUGAUGCCUGAGAUUCCUGGCUUCAGCAAUUUAUCAUUUUGUUAUUUGCCUAAAGCCAGACUUUACUAAAUACCUUGCAACGCAUCCAAAUCACCAGUCUGUCAAUAAAUAUUUCACUGGCAGCAUCUCACUGCAUUGGGCGCAAAGGGAUUUGAUUUGGGUGCAUCAUGUGCAAAGGGAUUUGAAGCUGUAUCCUGUGAGCUGGCCAAUUUUACGGCAGCAAUGACAACAACAUGAAGCAUCCAUCAUUCUGUUCCUAGUGGGAGCAGAGAGAAACUGGGUUGGACCAUGCAAAAGUCAGGAUGCAAUGAUCUUUUUUUUAAACACACCAUCCGAGCAAUUCACGGGACCAUGAAAUGAAGUAAAGCUCAGUGAUUUACACCAAGGAACACAGAAGGGAAAAUCCUGGUUUGAUGGAUGUGGAAAAAUACUCCCAGCUGGAGUUUCAGCCAGCAAUACCGAGCUAAAUCAACCUUUUACUUGUGACCAGCAAACAUGUAAAUCGAGUCUGAUGAGUAUUUAUAGAGCUCAGGUCUUGAAAAUUUAUUUUACAUUUUACUUGUCCCUGUACUAGACAACACUAGUCAUGAUUUUCCUUAUCACUUGGAUUUGCUUUAUCUACAGCUCACCUUCAGUUUUAUUUUUGUUUUCCACAGCUGGGCGUCUGAGAAUAUCUUGUGGUUGGAUUAAUUUAAAAUUCUUUUGUUAAUACAAAGCAACUGCACCUUUUUUAAAACUGUUUUCAAGUGGUAGUAGGGAGCAAAAAGGAAAGUUGGAUCAUCCAAACAGGGACUCAAACACUAUCAGGGGAUUUCCACUUUAGUUUAUGAUUUAUUAACAGUUUGGUGUUUGAGCAGUGUCAUGAUUCAUUGCUGGCAUUUUGGUAUGGCAUUAAUUAGCACAAAAUUUCUGUAUUUUACAUUACUAAUAGCAUAGCUCAAAUAUCAAACCUUGAAAGUGAAAAUGAGCAAACCGUUUGCAAGAGACACAUAAACUAAAAAUUAUUUACAUAACAAUAAAGAGCACCAAUUUUGAAGAACAACUAAAUAUUUUGCCAUCCCACUACUGUGUAAUAAGGGCUAAAUUUGCUGAGGACAACAUGCUGACAUUUGUUUUCAUAAAAGAUAAGAGAAUUAGGUGCUCUAUCCUAUUAAAAUUGUUUGCAAUUUA